ACCCAAGUUGGUGAAAAAUACGCUCCCUCGUUAUGGGGGGAGAGGAGAGCAGAUCACAACAACCUUCUAUAGCUGGGGAAACAGGCCCCCACCACCACCACAAACACACUUUGUAUAUUGGGGGGGGGGGUCCUGGAUCCAUGAACAAGGAAGGGAAGCGCGCAUAUUAAUGGAGGGGGGGGUGCCAUCCCCUUACCAGUUUGGGGAGCGUGUGUUACAGGCACUUUGUUGCAAGGCCAGGAGUUAAAGAUGUAUUUCUGUAGAAGAAACAAUUUUAUGGUGGUAGUUUCCUUUCUAAUUGUACUGUCCUUUGAAGCAUACUUGUGGCUGAUGCAAACCCCUUUGCUGCCACAAACAAUACAGUCAACGGAUCUCUGCAAAGGUGAGAUUGCCAAUGAUACAAUAACAGCUUUAAAAUAUAAUAAAACAUUUAUCAUUUCACCGUAUCACGAUGACAGAGAAGGAAACCUAACUCGUGUGAUCGCAGUAGUGCGCUACAAGAAAAUACAGGACCUUUAUUGUUGGUUUUGCUGUAGUCAUGAUGGCCAUGUCUCCAUAAUAAGAGCAGCCAUAGACAUUCACUUGGAUAGAACUGAUUUCCCUUUUGGUCCAGCAGAUAUCGUGUGCUUGGAACCCAAAAAGUGCUCUCCAAAAUACGUGUCAAUUCAUUCAUCUCCUAGAGGGAAAAUUGACAAGCUACCAAGGUUUGAAAUUAAGAACCGUGUGCCCAAGGAUUCAUUUUCUGCUGAAUUCACCCUUUGUCUCCCUGUCAUGUUUGGAAACUACAGCAAUGUCUUGCAGUUCAUACAAAGCAUGGAAAUGUAUAAAAUUCUUGGUGCACAGAAAGUGCUGGUCUACAUGUACAACUGCAGCCAACUCAUAGAGAAAGUAUUGGAAUUUUAUGUUGCAGAAGGUACCAUUGAUAUUAUUCAAUGGCCAAUUUUUUCAUAUGUUAAUUUCUCUUCUUUCUGGUAUUCUUCCAAAGACUGGGACUAUGGGAAAGCUACAGUCCUAAAUGAUUGCAUCUACCGCAAUAUGUACAGGAGCAAAUAUGUGGUUCUUAAUGACAUUGAUGAAAUUAUCCUACCCAUUAAGCAUCUGAGUUGGAAAACAAUGAUAAGCGAUCUUGAGGAUCGAAAUCCAGAGACAGGCAUCUUCUUGUUUGAGAACCAUUUAUUUCCUCAGCAUAUCUUUUCCUCUACAGACACACUCAACAUUUCAUCCUGGAAAAUGGUCCCAGGAACUAAUAUACUGCAGCAUAUUUACAGAGAGCCCAUUAAACUGAAGUUUAGUAAUCAGAGAAAGAUGAUCGUUAAUCCAAGAGCAGUGGUUCAGACUUCAGUCCACACCAUUCUCAAAGGUUAUAGUAAGACGCUGGUAGUUCCCAAAGAGAUUGCAAUUCUUUAUCAUUGCAGACAGUAUGUUGAAAAAGAGGUCCCUGGAAAAUACCUCAUUAGGGACACAACGAUCUGGAGAUACAAUGUUUCUUUGAUUAAUAAUGUUAACAACAUACUUGAAAAACAAUUCCCUAGAAAGAGUUCCAAGUUUAGAUGGAAUAAAUUCUAGGAGGCAUUGUAGCUUUUAUAAACAGUUGUAUUUUUACACAUACAAAAUUACUUACUAACAAAGUGCUGGUACAAUCCAUAUGCUAAAUUUGUAGAACUUAAUUCUACAAUUAGAAAUGUACAACCACCUACUGUAUGCUCAGUAAAGUUGUAAGGAUUUUUUAAAAAAACGUAUUUCCCCCGGACAUCAGUUUCUAUUCACUGUUACCUGGACUUAAAUCUACACUAUAGAUUGCCCUAAGGUCAUACUCUUAGAACUGUCAUGGCUUUCUUCAAAAAAUCCUAGGAACUGUAAUUCACCGACUGUUUCUCUAUUCCUCUCCCUUUUCACUGUUUCACUGUUGCUUAACAUCCUGUCCAAUGAAUAGUUUUGAAAAACUUGCUUAUCAUUUUGUGCAGUUUAUUUGGUCCUGAAUAAAGAAUUUAUCUGAUG